UCUUUCUUACAUAAUCUCUCAACCUCUGAUCCAUUUAAUCCCUUCAAAAAGAAGAAAAAAACAAUGUUAAAUAACUUAACUUUCCUCCUCCCUCUCCUCCUUCUUCUUCCCUUCUUUCUCAUGCCUGCUUGUUCUUCCUUCAUGGCGGAGGAGAAUCCCAUGCAGCUGCUGUCGGAUGCUGAACUGGUUCGACUCGCCGGAUAUGGAGAGGAGAGGCUCUCAUCUGUGCUUGUCACCGGCUCGCUUGUAUGUGAAGCUUGCCUGUCGGCUGGAUCAGAGCUCACCGUUUCCCAUGUCCAAGGAGCCGCUGUAGCUGUUUCAUGCAGGACAGAACAGAGGAGGAGGAGAAGAAUAAGAUACGCGAAUGGAACAACAGAUGAGUUCGGAGAAUUCAUCAUAGAUCUUCCUUCCCAGCUCCACGCCAUUCCCAAGCUGGAAGAAGCUUGCGUGGUUAGGAUUCUUCACAUGCCCCGAAACUCUCUCUGUCGCCAUCUCUCACGUGGCUUAAAUCCAGCGGCUAAGCGCAUAAGACUCUCUUCUGUGGGGAACAGCAUUCGGGUCUAUACGACUGGAAUGAUGAGGACAAGAAGUCUUGGAACAGGAAAGCUUUCGCAUCAUGAGUGUUUGAGGAAGAGAGAUAUUGCGAGAGAUUUGAUGCAGAGUAGUUGGUGAUUGAUUUGUAUGGAAAUUGGUAUGGGUUUUAUGGUUUGAUUUCGCGGUGUUUGUGAAUAGAUCCAGUAGCUUGGAGUUAUAUAUAUAUAUAUAUAUGUAUGUAUAUGAAUCGCCAUGUAUUCGUGAUAUUUAGAUAUGGAAUGGUAGAUGAUGAUAGAGUGUCUUGUUAAAUGUGAAAAUCAAAUCUGAAUGAAGCUGAUUGGAUGGGUUUGGUUUCGAAGAUAAUUCAUG